UUCUUGUUACUCUCAUCUGAGACUCGUAUUGUCUCUUCAUAAUUUGCUUAGUUAGAGAGCUUUCAUUCGUUACCUUCCCAUUUCACUGAAUCCUCGUGUUUCUGGGUCAAAUUUCAUCUGGGUUUUCUUGAUAUAUACUUGCAUGGAGUCCAUUCCCAACUCAUCAUCUUCACCUGUACUGUGAGAAUGGGUCUCAUUUCAGCAUCUGGGUUCCUUAGAUUUCAGCUCUAACCAGUAACCAGACACUCACCACAAUUUUGCUUCUGGGUCCACCAAAAACUUUGAUCUUCUGAGUUGGUUUUUAAGCUUUAAACUGUACCAACAUGAGUAAUCUUCAAUCAACCUGCCAAUUCUUCACUCCAUUUCCGAGAGAGGGUCAAGAAUUCGAAGCUGUAUCGGACACUGAACCCCACCAAGCUUUCAAGAAACCCAGAGUCUCUAAGGUUGGGUCAGACUCGAUGGUUAUUGAGAGAAGAUAUAAGUGGUUGCAUUACAAGACCCGACUGUGCAAUAACUUCAAACGGGGUCGUUGCCUUUAUGGUGAGGCGUGUCUCUAUGCUCACGGCAUUGAAGAAAUCCGCAACACUUUGGGUAGUUCGGCGAAUGAGAAGGGCAUGUUGGGUAGGACUGAGUAUGCUCGUCACAGAACUUGUGAUGAACUUCGACUUUGCAAGUUGUUCUUGAAUGAGGGGAAAUGCACAUAUGGAGAGAAAUGCCGCUUUCGUCAUGUGAUUCCGAAAAGUAUCAGAGAUGAGUCAGUGAUCAUUUUGACUAGUGGGUCUAAAGGGUCUCAAAUUAGUGGCUCUGGGCAAUUUGGGGGCAAGAGGUCUUUGGGUUUGGAUGUUGACACUAAUGGAGUGAGUGGAGGCAGGCAUUUUAGGCAACAGAGCUCUGUUGCAGCUGGAAGAGGGAUGCUGAGUAAUACCUGCAUGGCUAGUGGAAGCUUUGCUCAUGGACAUGCCGUGCUCAGGAAGCUCUGUGGCUACACUACCAGGGAGACUAAACAUUUAAAGACUUUUACUACUUCUAGGGAAUUGCAAGUUACGGACGGCAACUUCAACUGGAAUGAACUUGAGAAAAUGAGUCGCAUCUAUGCUGAUUGGAUUGAAGAAAUUCCUCUUGUACAUAGGAAGAUGGAGUUCUGAGUUUGAGUGCUUCAUGGGAAAGAUUUAUUGGUUCUGUUUCUCUUGUUCGCUUCUAUGGAUAUUAAGUGUGUUGUGUUUUCCUCUAACACCUUAGUUUUUGAUGAAUGGAUAAGGGACUGAUUUUGUUCUCAAGGCAUGGCAUGGUAUUCUGGACACGGUUCAUAGGAAGCCAGCUCUGCUGAAUCAGGAAAAUUAUAUUUCACUAGAAUACAUGCUACCCCAAGUGUGUACAAAACGGAUGUGGAAUAUCUUUUUUCUGAAUUUUUUUUCAAUUGUCAAAGUGUAUGGUUUCCUUUUACUAGAUGCUUUGUGAAUAGUUAAUGUGGCAAAAUUAUGUUUGUGCGAAAUCUUAGAAAUCUCAUUAGUUCAACAUCCUAUUUGGUACCUUUAAGAAUGGUCCUUAAUAUAAGCUUCUGUGAGUGUGUGCACGCGCUUGCAUUGUUGCAUGUGGCUUCUCUAAUUCACCUUAUGAGUAUGCCAGCAUUCACAAUGUUAUGCUCCUCUUCUGACUAUUUAUUGUGGUUGAUGUGAACAAAAAAUGUGUAAUGCUUGUUACUUCUUUUGCUCAAGGUUAGCUGGUAGCAUAACAGACAACCGGAGCAGUUCCUGAUAUUGUCUUACAGCCAAUACUUGGUCUAUCUCUACUUUAAUGUUUUACUCCACUUGUAAGUUUUCAUGGUUGGAAUAGAAAGGUCAGUAGACAUGCUAUUUGUAGCAGGUCUUCUCUUUGACGAAGUUGUAGCACUAAAAGCUGCAAAUACAGGGCAUUUGUUGCUCAUGGUUGCAGAUAUUGCCUGUGUAGAUUUGGGUCUGCAUAACGAAACAGGGCUUGAUUUUAGCAUUUGGAAGGGAUACAGUUAUC